GGCAGCCGCUCGAUGCGCUCGGCAGCUCGGCUGCGGCCGCCUCGGGUUGAAAGGUCGCCGUUCGAUGCGCUCGGUUGCUAGGCGCUCGCCGUCCUGGCGAUGAAUGGCGGCUGUUGCUGAGAGUCUGCUGGCGGACACUGGGAGAGACUGCGGUAGACCAGUGUGCUGAGUGGACAUCAUGGCUCAGACCCUGCAGAUGGAGAUUCCGAACUUUGGGAACAACAUCCUGGAAUGUCUGAAUGAGCAGCGGCUGCAGGGAUUGUACUGUGAUGUAUCCAUUGUGGUCAAGGGACAGGCAUUCAAGGCUCAUCGUGCAGUCCUGGCAGCCAGUAGCUCCUACUUCCGGGAUCUCUUCAGCUCCAAUAACUGCACGAGCUUCGAGCUUCCCACUGCUGUCCAGCAGCAGUCCUUCCAGCAGAUCCUGAGCUUCUGUUACACGGGCAGGCUCAGCAUGAACAUGGGUGACCAGUUCCUCCUGAUGUACACGGCCGGCUUCCUGCAGAUCCAGCAGAUCAUGGACAAGGAGACGGAGUUCUGCCUGAAGGUCGGCUCGCCGCAGUGCGACUCGCAGGGGCUGCAGGUGGAGGAGACGGCGUCUGAGCCCCCCAGCCCCGCCCAGCCGCCCCGCUCCCUCGCGGCCACUCCCCUCUCGCUGGUGUCGCGGGUCAAGACGGAGCAAGCCGAGUCGGACUCCAUCCAGUUCACCCCCAUCGGCAAGCGGCUGUGGGACAGCGGGCCGCGGGAAGGCAACGGCAGCGUGGGCUCCAAGCACCAGCGCGUCUCCCACGCGGGGCGGCAACAGAGCUGUGGGGGCAGCGCGGACCGCACCAGCCCCGGCACCUCCAGUGCCUACACCAGCGACAGCCCCAACUCCUACCAGAAUGAAGAGGACGAGGAGGAGGAGGGCAGUGAAGACAUGACUGAGGAGCACUACAGGCAGAUCUGUAACAUGUACACAAUGUACAGCAUGAUGAAUGUAGGACAGCCAGCGACUGAGCGGGUUGACGCAUUGCCCGACCACCUGACUACAGAUGCCCGGUCGAGGGUCAGGAUGAGGAGGGACCUGGCGGCGUUGCCAGCCGAGCUGAUCACCCAGAUCGGAAACCUAUGUCACCCCAAGCUCUACGCGGCAGGUGACCCCACAGAGAAGCUGGAGCUUGUAACAGGAACCAGCGUGUUCAUCACUCGAGCCCAAUUAAUGAAUUGCCACGUCUGUGCAGGAACCCGCCACAAAGUCUUACUCCGAAGGUUGCUCGCAUCCUUCUUUGACCGGAACACGUUGGCAAACAGCUGCGGCACCGGAAUCCGUUCCUCCACGAAUGAUCCGAGCCGGAAGCCUUUGGACAGUCGGGUUCUCAAUGCUGUAAAAAUCUACUGCCAGAGCUUCGCCCCCAACUUCAAGGAGAGCGAGAUGAACGCCAUAGCCGCGGACAUGUGCACCAAUGCACGCCGUGUGGUCCGCAAGAGCUGGAUCCCCAAGUUGAAGCUGCUGAAGGUGGAAGGGGACGCCUACCACUCCUUUAUCUCGGACACCACAGGGCUCAACCUGGAGUCGGACGUACUGAACACAGAGCCGGGCUUCGAGGCCGCCAGCCACGACGGCGAGGCGGGCUCUUCCCUGGAGUCGGCCUAAUGGCGAGAAAGAUCUGACCAGGAGGUGUCGAAAUCCAGGGUUCAACCUAGAAUGACUCAUGAAGUGCAGAAUGGAAAGCGACCUGGCGACUUGACACACGCGCGUACACACACACACACACACACACACACACACACACACACGCACACACACGCACACACAAGCAGCAUCAGAAGCAGCAACAACAACAAAGAACCUAUUUAUUCUGCAUCAGUGAGUCUUCAAGAUGUGAAUGUGGGGGAGGGGAGGGGGGGAAGGGGGCAGGCUCCUGCUGGAGUUUACAUGUUGCACAAUUCCGUGGGUCGUGGGUGGGAGGGAGGGAGGGAGCAUUUGCUAAGCGGCCGGCCGAUCGAUCGCCUCCAGAUUUGGCCUAGGUUGAACCCUGAAAUCUUGCAGCCUAGAUUAAUCGGUUGAGGAAUCCUGUCCAAAAUGAAGACCGUUACACUUCCAACUUCCAGCUUGGUUUCCCAGCCCUCCCCUCCCCUCCCCUCUCCCCAUCUAAAGAUUUGAAGGUGACACUGUUACGAGUUUGUGGGGGAAAUCGGAGAUUGGCGCAAACUUUAUGUCUCGUACAUUUUUUUUUAUUGUUUUACUAAAUCAACACUAUGAUAAUAUUUAAUGGUAGACUCACUAAGCUACUACAUUGAAGGAUUUUUUUUUUCAGACGGCUUUUUUAUCGCAUUUGCAAUAAUUUUUAACCCUUUGUGAACUGUCUAGCAGCUCUCGUUGAAUAGAGUUUUAACUAGCGAGUAAGGGCAGACUUCACACACCAAGAUUGCUGCUUCUUUUUAUUUAACGUUUGUCUGAGUUAGUGCAGAUGAGGGGUUUUGUUGCAUUGUUCCUUCCACAGAAUUUCUCUGCUAAAGCAUGUAACUUGAUUUGGAAAUGCGCCUUUGUGUUUGAAGUGAGUCAUCUUCCCUGGAAACCUUUUUUUUUUUCAUUAUUACCUCCCCACUGAUUUCUUGCCACAACACAUCCCAUUAAAUUCUUUUCAGACUCCUUCAUUCGCUAUGUUUCCUUCUCUUCGCCCUCUAUAAAUCCCUGCAGAUGCUCACCGCAUGAGGGUAUAAUUAGCAAAGCAGCAUUUAACACUUAUCCACGAUUGCUCUUAAAGUGAUUGUACGCCACAAGUGAGCAAGGAUGGCAGAUUUACUUCCCCCCCCCACAAAUCUUUUUGGCAAUGCUCCGGUUUUCAAGGCGACCCCAAUCGAUUCUAACUUUUCGUUCCAAAUUUAUUUCACACUGAAUCACAAAUCCCCCAGCUUCCAUGGUGAGAUUUGAAGUCCUAACUCUGGAUCAUUAGAUCAUGUACCUGCAUUGUUAGUUCAUUAACCCAAACUCUGUAUAGCUGUAAGUCCAAUUAACAAAAAGCAUGUCAAGGUAUUAGAAAAAUAUAUAUAUAACCGGGCAAAUAAUGGGAUUUCAGUGUAGACUGUAGGUGGAUUAUCCACUUUGCUUCUGUACGAUCAGUCUCAAAGAUUGGUGCAUUCUCUAGCUUCUAUCAUGAACAUGUUUCCUUAAAUCAAAUUAGUCCUUUUUGUGUUUUAUAAAGAACGAGCAGAUUUUGUUAACAAGUUGUUUUAAAAAUUAAACAAUUUCCCCCACAGUUCAAAUCUUGGAAGGCUGAUCUGCAUGAGUAAAGUCACUUAAUGAAACUGCUCAAACACGUUGCUAUUUAACUCUUCCAAAGGGCCAUUUGUAGAAAAAUGUAAAGUCACACUAAAGGGAUACAGCUUUAAGGCCUGUAGCUUUAAGACCAGCCAUGCUCAGUUUCUGCUGCCUGUCUGCAAUUGUAUUCUCUUUUGCUCCCAGCUGGCUGUGAUAGAAUGGCUUUAGACUUCAGACGCCACAGUCUGAAUUCUUACAGCAUUCAUUUUAUUUUAAAUCUCUGCUCAUACACAUGCAAAGAACUGGACUUUUGCAUCUAUCAUAUUGGAGGAGUCCCCAACCCGAGUGGCAAAGAGCAGGGACUUCAAUCUACUAUCACCUCUGUUUCCAAGUGAAGACUUGCAUAGUACAGGCAACAAGAGAGAACAUAUAUUAGCAAAGAAACCGAUUCUUGUGUAAAUGUUUCUCCGGUGAAUAAAUCCAGGCCCUGUGGAGAAUGGCCCAAUUUAUGCUUCAGUUAGCAAUAACUUUUUUAAAAAACAUUAAUAAUGACCCACAGAAGUAUUGGCACAGGGUUGACGCCUUCAAUCUCUGAGAUCAGAGCACUAAAUUGUGGACAAUUAUUAUACUCCAAGUCUAAAGCUAUUCCAGGGGUCGCCAUUAGCAUAAUAUAUUUUGUGUCAUUUACUCCUAUGAGAUGGCUCGCAUGUAAAAUUGUUAAAUAUCUUUGAGAUAGUGAGAGUCCAGAGCUGUAUCUAACCAUCCUAUGCCUGAUCUGAAAAUUCCUGAUGUUCUCUGUUGAGCUAGAUAUGUGCCCGAGCCAUGAAUGUGAAAUACAUAGCUUCUGCUUUGUAGAGGAUUAACACACUGAGCGUAAGAUAUAGUGUCAUUUUAAACUUUUUUUUGCAAAGUGUAGAAACGGUGAUUAAGUUCUUUAAUUUAACGAGAUGUCACAAUGUAGAGAAAGCAAAGGAGAAACCGUUUACGAUCCCAUGGCUUAAAGCGCGUAAAAACCAGGGAAGUUCUUGUUUGAAGUGGAUUACCAGCUAUCAUAUAGAGGAUGCACAGCAAUCAUUUUAUACGUGGGUGGUUUUCGCAGACAGAUUAUGUCUAGAUAGUCUGUUUGGUGAUGUUGUUUUCAGGGGAAAAUAUUGUCCCUGUACAUUGAGAAGGGGCUACGCUUGCUCUCGUUUGAAAUUGUGCCCGAUUUCUUUUGUAUUCAGCUAGAGAGCUGUUUAACAUCUCAUCCAGAAUGCUGCUGCACUUCCCCAGUGCUUCUCUGGAGUAUCUGCCCACUGGUCUCUCGGGUCACCCCACCAUUUUAAGCUUGAUCACCAUUUGAGCCACAUUUGGGUUUUGGAGAGGCGAGAGAGAGAGACUUGUGACAAAUGUAUUCUUUAGUUGAGAUAAAUUUUCAUUCAUUUCUAUAAAUUCCCAACAUUACAGGUUUGAAACUUAUUUUUCUUUUAAAAAAAUGCUAUGAGGUCUGCUGUACUGAAUCUAAAAUUGACCCUUUAUGAUGUAUUCAAAAGAGUAGCACUGCCAUUGAAAGGCUUGUAUUAAGAGCAGGUGAUUGCUGUCUCAGAUAACAUGGUGAUUAUUCCCUGGGGCAUUGAGGAAUCUCUUCCUGUUUAAUAAAAGAUACCAUCCCUAGUCAGCUCCAUGGGUAACCUGCAGUGGAGACUAGCUUUAUUAUGCAUGGUCUGGUUUGUGCCUAGCCUUUCCAGUGGCUUUCUUUGUCCUUGUUUUUAAUGUUAAACCCAUCCAUCGACAAUUAACCCUCGGCACUGUGUGGAUAAAGGACUUCUUUCAGGAAUGACAAGAUGGGUUUGAGGGAUAAUGAGAUCGAGAGAGAGAGGUUAGCAAAUCCACCACAGCCCAAUGAUCAAUAAUUAGAAUCUCCACCAAGAUGUAGAAUAUUUAGGCCAACACAGUGACACAGAAAGUAGAGCCACUACCUCAGAGCCGGAGACCUGGUUCGAUCCUGAGCUUGGGCGCUGUCCAUAUAGAGUUUGCACAUUUCCCCUGUGACUCUGUGGGCUUCCUCCAGAUCCUUGAGUUCUUGGCCACUGUAAAAGGCCUCGCCGUGUAAACGAGAGGUAUAAUCUGGGGGAGUUGAGGGCAAUGUGGGGAGGAUAAAAAAUGGACGCUCAGAGUUAACGGUGGGCCGAAGGGCCUUUCCCAUGCUGUGCCUCUAUGAUGCUGAGAUUGGUCCCAAGCCUUCCUUUUGAAGGGACUAAAGGCGUUGAGGGAUGGUUCUGGGCACCGUUGUAUUCGAGCGUUGGCAUCUUGAGAAGAUGAUGAGUUUUUAACCCAUUGAUUCUCACCAUUAGUAAGGGUGUUUGUACCAAUCACGUAGCCUUUCAACAUUUACCCAAAUUAUUUAUCUAAUCACUUGUGCUUUCGUAAGAAUGUGUCCCUUUUUUUAAAACAUAUUCUCCAAUCAUAUCAUCCUUCUUCACCUUUGCCCUUUUUAAAAUAGAUUCUUCUAACGCUGUUCGAGGUGUAAACUUAGAGACAAGAAAGCUGUGAGAAUGUUACAAUUAAUUAAUUCAGCAACGGGUUUGUUCGGUGUUGUAAAUGCGAUGGGGAAAAAUCAAAGAUUCAUUUCACGUGGCGUUUGAAACAUUUGUUCAGAAGGGCUUCAAUGGGUUGUCCGCUGAUCACUUAGGCAACUGAUGGCUGGAAUAUGGGACCAAGAAGUCAUCUGGUGAAACUUCCAGGAGUAUGUCCUACCAUGGAGAAAUAUGGUCAACUAAAUAUGCAGGCAGAAGUGUAACACCAAGUUAUUUUGCAGGGGAUUCUACUUUUACCACCCAAGCUGAACUAAGCAGCUAAAACAGCAUCCGUGGAGAGAAACACAGUUAAAAAUUUGGGUCGUGGCCUUUCAUCUUAGCUGAGAGGUUGUGAGGGGUCGGGGCAAGGACUGUUCAUGCUCCUUCCAUGCAGGUGGGAAGAGAGUAUGUGGGGGCUGACUUGCAGGAUAUUAAGCGGGUGUAGAUGCAAACUGUUGUCAACCGAGAUGGACAUGAGGCCACAGUUGAGGGUGGGGGUGGGGGAGAGACUCUUUGGAACCACUGGCAUGGAAGGUGCUGUCACCAGAAUAGACGGCGUGGAGCAAGAGAAAUUGGGAGAAGGAAAUGGAGUCCUUGCAGACAGCAAGGUGGGGUGAGGUCCAGUUAAAGAUACCUGUGAACUUGCCUCUUCUUGUGUGUCAAGGAUGUGUUGUUCUGCUGCCCCGUGCAAUGCAGAAUAAAAACCCAUGAACUAAACCCAAUAUAUCGUGCCGAUUCUCACCACUCGCAUUUUUUCGGUCCCUGAAUGGCGAGUGAGAUCCCACAUUCAAUCUUUGCUGAUUUUGAGUUUUUCGUGGAGGGUAAAGUGCCCUUAGUUUGCAUUUGGGGGAAUGUAAUUGGGGCUAAAGAGUAAGACAGCCACUUUACCCCAGGCCCAACCAUUGCAGCCCAGCGUAGGAAUGUUCGAUGCUCACACUGAAGCAGUGUAGACCGUAGAGGCCUCCUCCACGUGGAACGGUUUAGGUCAACUUUUUAAAAGGAGUUGUAUCAUGAUAUUAAUUAUUAGUUGAUUUUUUUAUUCCUUUUCCUUGUGAACUGCAGUCAUCACAGAAAGGCAAUGAGACUAAUGUACCAUUUUGCCGUGAUGCUCAAUGUAGCUAAUCACUUGAAGACCAUCCAAUGCUUCAGAACAGGUGCUACAAUUGGAUCCAAAUCUGGACACUUUUGCACCAAAAAUACAAACAUAUUAGCGUGCAAAGGAUUACUGACUAAUGCACUGACCACAGUGUGGGAAUUCAGUUAGGAUUUGCAGGUAUGUAAUGAAUGCUAAGUUGCUUGAUCAAGGUAUAACUGGGCUGCCACUUACUUCAUUGACAGAGGCCUAUAGAGUGGCAUUCAGCAGGAAGUGGUUGAAACAGUCCAAACCUUUUUUUUAUAUGAAGUGAAUGGGAAGUGAUGGAACUCCAUUAAGUACAUUGUGACUUAAGAUUCUGUGGUUUCACUGUAAUGCUGGGUGCAUGUUUAAUCUGCUUCAGUUUGAAGCUCUCCUCAAUGGAGCUCGCUAUCCCACAGCCAUGAAGAGCCACUUGCUCAGGCAGUGCACUAGGAGUCGCGACAGCAAGCUGUAACCUGCCCUGGCCUCUAAACACCAAAUAUAAUCAUCGUGCCACAUUCGGGCUGGGGGUGUGCACGGCGCUGGGAGCAAAUUACCAAUGGGAUAAGAAUGUAACGCCAAACAAGCCAUCAGUAUUUUGGAUAAUGGGGCAAUGGCAGGAAGCAAAAUGCAGCUUUCAUGCGAGCAUCAAUUAUCGGCUGUUCCCCCCCCCCCCCCCAUAUACAAAUUGCCUUGCUUUUGAGAUUCCAGUUAUUGAGAGUACGCUUUUGUACACUGCCCUGUGGAUGAUGAGCUCAGACAAACUGAACCACAAUGGGUUUAAAGUAUGUCCGAACCUGCAGUUUGGCCAUCCAGGAAAACCCACCUCUGUUAUCAUAAACCUCUCUCUCACCUGACAAAGCAAUUCGCCUGCACUUUUACCUGCAAUCUCUAAGGAAAGGUGUCUUUUUUUUUUUUUUUCAGCUACUUUAAGCAAAAUAAUUUAAGAAGCAUUUUUAGGCUAAUAUGUGUAUAUAUAGUUAUUAUUUGGCUUCACUACUGUUGAUUUAAAUGUAGUUCAGAGGUGGGGGGCAGAGGUUGUCAUACAAGUCCAGAUUCUUUGCCGAUGGCUUGUUGCUGUUGCCUUACAUGUAUAUCAGUGUCAUCUGUUCAUGCAGAUAUGCAUUUUUAACAUCAUAAUAACAGUUUUGUACAAAAUACUUGUGCAUAAUUUUUUUUCCAGCUGCUGCUUAUAAUGACUGAUACCUGUAAAGAUUGUGUAUUACAUAGCCUGUGACUAUUAAAAAGACAAUUUUUUCCUUCU